CUUUGACCUCUGCGUAGCGCUGCUGAGUGUAUGCAUUGAGGAGAGAUGGCAACUGGACCGGGUACGGGUAGCAGUGGGAUCCAGCUGAAUAUCUAUGAUCUCAGCCGAGGUUUAGCUGCCCAGCUUUCUCCAGCCUUUCUAGGCAAGUUGAUACACUCGCAUCCAAUAUUAUUGUCGGUCAAUUUCUUACACAGGGAAGCAAAUUGAUGGCGUUUGGCACACAGGCAUAGUGGUGUAUGGACUGGAGUACUUCUUUGGUGGAAUGGGUAUCGAAUUCUGCAACCCUGGUUGCACGGUGAUUGGUAGCCCCACAAAAGUAGUUGACUUGGGAGAGACACACGUUCCAAAGGACGUGUUUAUGGACUACCUUUUCGAGCUCUCGUCGGAAUAUUUGCCUGAGAAAUACGAUCUUCUGGAGCACAACUGCAACAACUUUACCAACGAUGUAUCGCAGUUUUUAACUGGGAAACCCAUACCUUCCUACAUCACCGGGCUUCCUAAGGAAAUCCUUGAUACUCCAUUCGGGGCUCAGAUGAGACCACUACUUGAUGUAAUGUCUGGUCCGAAUGGAGGAACUCCACUAACACAACAGUCCGCAGACAAACCAACCAAAAUGCCAUAAAUAUUUAAUGUAGGUUUUGUGUUUUUAAUCCCAUUGUAGUUAACGAGUGCCUGCGUUUUAUUUUAAAUUGUAUGCAUUAAAUAUUGAUAUGCAUUUCAUAAUCCUGUCACAAGUUUGUCACCUUACAAAUAACAUGACAAGCAAGGUCUUAUAGCGUUAAAUCUACACUAUCUAUGUAACUGCUGUGAUUAAUCCCCUCAGCUUAGUGUGGAUCAGUUUCUCAACACUCGCUGUGCAUGAAAUCAACGGCCGCCUGUGACAUGUGCACGUCCUCCAUCUGUUCGUCGGUCACACACGUCAUGCGUAGCUCAGAAUUGUUUGUCAUCUCCUCGAGUGUCUUCAGCAUGAACUGCAUGCUCUGUGGGACGUGCGUCUUGAAUUCUGCAGGUUCAUAGCAAACGCUGUCAUCUCCGGGUAAAUUGCUAAUGUCCCCGUAAUCAGACACGAUAUUUCCGCCCGAGAGCUCCAGUUCGCGAUUGUCGUCGAGGUAGAUCGACGCUCGUUGCGAGUCGAUAGCCUGCCAGCGGGAAAAGAUGGAGUCAAUCUGGGCCAAAUGGAGGAUGUAGGCGGGAUCGUUUGCCGGUUCGUCAGAGCACAUCUGUCCGCCGACGAAACAACGAACGUUGACGUGAAUGAAAACUUGGAGAAACUGGUGGAACUGUGUGAAAUCUUCCGCUGGUAGGGUCAGUAGGUCUUGCUCGAUGAUGGCUCGACUUGGGAACAUCUGCAUGCGAUACUCUCUCUGCAGACACCCUCCCCCGACAAUCUCAAACCGGUCGAACCUGAAAGGCCCGUUUUCGACGCAGCCAUCCUUUGCCCUUGCCAAGUCUCCGAAUCCACUGUCCGGGUUCCAUACCGGUGUCAUGUAUGGGGUCAUGGGAACCGCAGUCCAAUCCCAGUACGGAAUGGUGACGCGACAGUCCACCUCUUGAAGGAGGUCUUCGUACUGAAGCAAGAAGAAUCGGUUCCACGGGAAGAACUGGCCGACUGUUGGGUCUGUACUCUGAGCCAGUGUUGAAACUGAGGCA